GACGAGAUGUCGGUGGAGCAGCUCUUGGAUUGCAGGGAGGACGUUCCCCCGUGGGCAGAACAUCUCACAUUUCGAGCGUUUUUCUUCAGCUUUCUGCUGGGAAUCUUCCUCUGCUUGAUUGUGAUGAAGCUGAAUCUGACGACAGGGAUAAUCCCUUCGCUCAACGUCUCUGCCGGCCUCUUGGGUUUCUUUUUUGUGAAGACGUGGACUAAGGUUGCGGAGACGUGUGGGUUUCUGAAGAGGCCGUUUACUCGGCAGGAGAAUACUGUUAUUCAGACUUGUGUUGUGGCUUGCUCCGGCAUUGCUUUCAGCGGUGGUUUUGGAAGCUACAUAUUGGGCAUGAGCAAACAAGUUUCAGCAGGCUUCAUCGAAGCAAACGACGACAUCAACACCAAAGAUCCCCACUUGGGCUGGAUGACCGUCUUCUUCUUCACCGUCAGCUUCGUCGGUUUAUUCUCAGCCGUCCCUCUUCGCAAGGUAAUGAUUAUUGGGUACAAGCUGACCUACCCAAGCGGUACAGCCACAGCCCACCUCAUCAACAGCUUCCACACACCUCAGGGAGCUAAGCUCGCCGGAAAACAGGUUUCUGUUCUCUUUAAAUCUCUCGCCGGAAGUUUCCUCUGGUCUUUCUUUCAGUGGUUCUACAGCGGCGGCAGCAACUGCGGUUUCAACAGCUUUCCCACAUUUGGCCUCCAAGCCUACAGGAACAGAUUCUACUUCGACUUCUCUGCCACCUACAUCGGCGUUGGAAUGCUCUGCCCCUACCUUAUCAACUUCUCCCUCCUCCUCGGCUCCAUCAUCUCAUGGGGUAUCCUCUGGCCUUACAUCUCCAACAAGAGAGGACAAUGGUACGACUCCAAUCUCGAAGAAAGCAGCCUCCUUGGUCUCAACGGCUACAAAAUCUUCAUCUCCAUCGCCAUGAUUCUCGGUGACGGUCUCUUCCACUUCAUCUCCUUCCUCUUCCGCUGCUCCAACGAUAUCUACACCAAACUGCACAAUCCCAAAGAUCAAAUCCCCCCCUUUUCCGACCAACCCCUCUACGAAUCCACCGCCAUGACCUUCGACGACCGCCGCCGCACCACCGUCUUCCUCAAAGACGAUAUCCCAAACUCCAUUCUUUCCGGCGGCUACAUUCUCCUCGCCAUCUUCUCAAUCUUCACGGUCCCAUUCAUAUUCCCCCAACUCAAACAACACCACAUUCUCGUCGCUUAUCUCAUCGCCCCUCUCCUAGCCUUCUGCAACGCCUAUGGCUGCGGUUUAACAGACUGGUCCCUCGCCUCCAGCUACAGAAAAAUCUCAAUUUUCAUCUUCGGCGUAUGGGUAGGAGAAGAAUACGGCGGAGUUCUCGCCGGUCUCGCGGCCUGCGGAAUCAUGAUGAGUGUUGUCUCCACAGCUUCGGAUCUAAUGCAGGAUUUCAAAACAGGGUAUCUAACUCUAGCUUCUCCUCGAUCCAUGUUUAUCAGUCAAGCAAUCGGCACGGCCAUGGGGUGCGUGAUAGCUCCGGCGAUCUUAUGUUUGGAGAAUGGUGUAUUGAGG